GUUUGGACCCUUUUGCAGGUUUUCCCGGCACAUUUUCUCAGCCUGGGCAUCGCGACGGGGGCCGCUCGUCAGCGGGGCGAUUUAAAAGCGAUCACCCCUGCAAACAUAUGGAAAUAGCGAGAAAACAGGGGGACAUCUCUCUGUCGGCGACACGUGCUCCUCUCCUCUCUCCCCCUCCUCGUAGGAGUUGUUGAAGAGGGAGGGCAGGGCAGCCUCAGCGUCUUCCUCAUCUGGCGUCGGGAGGGCACAGCCGUGUGUGUGAGCCAUGACUCUGAGCUCAGAGAUGUCGGAUGCCUCCAUCCUUUCGGAAGAGACCGACAUAGACGUGGUCGGAGAAGGGGAGGAUGGGGACAACCAGACGCGCUCCUACGUGGACGAGGUGGCGCAGAUGCACGACGGCAUCCUGCUGGACGGCUCUCCUCCUCCGUGCCUGGACAGCUCCACCUCCUCCAGGGAUGCCUACAAGCCGGCGGGCAAGAACACCCUGGUGAAGCCCCCUUACUCCUACAUCGCCUUAAUCACCAUGGCCAUCCUGCAGAGUCCCAAGAAGAGGCUGACCCUCAGCGAGAUCUGCGACUUCAUCAGCAACCGCUUCCCGUACUACAGGGAGAAGUUCCCGGCCUGGCAGAACUCCAUCCGGCACAACUUAUCCCUCAACGACUGCUUCGUGAAGAUACCGAGGGAGCCCGGGAACCCUGGGAAGGGCAACUACUGGACCCUGGACCCGGAGUCCGCUGAUAUGUUUGACAACGGGAGCUUUCUGAGGCGGAGGAAACGCUUCAAGCGGCAGCAGGCGCAGGACCUGCUGCGGGAACACAACAGCUUUAUCCCCGCAGCCGCCGCCGCGUACGGCUACGGACCGUACGGCUGCGGAGGAUACGGCAUCCAGCUCCAGUCCUACCACACACACUCUGCACUUUUUGCUUUCCAGCAGCAGCAGCAGCAGCAACAACAGCAGCACUCCAGGCAUUCACACUCGCACACGGGAACCAUUAUCCCCGCGCCGUCUUUGAUGCCCACCACCACGGACUUAGCCCGGAGUAGGUUUUACCCGCAGCUCAGCUCCAGUCUGGGCUCAGCCAGCGUGCAGGCUGCAGCCCCGGCGCAGAAGUCCAGCUCCCCGGUGCAGCGGUCCCCCUUCUCCAUAGAGAGUAUCAUCGGAGGGUCUCUGAGCCCCUCCAGGACUUCUCCGGUCGUUGUCCCGGUCCUACCGUCCCCUCUGGGGCCCGCAGCGGCCGGCCAGCCGCAGAGCGUCCACCCCGGAGCUGCUUUACACCCGGUCGAAAACUUUCCCAACAGAGCGGUGUCCGGCUCCAGCGGCUGUUAAAUGACUCAGAACUUCUUCUUCUUCUUUUUUUUUUUUUUUUCUCAAGAAACUUUUUUUUAAAAAAACAAAACAAAACAAAAAAGAGACAAAAAACGCCCCUCUUCGAAGGUAGGAUUAUUUUUGUAUGUUUGUUUGAUAGCACGCAGCUGAAUGACGGACAUGACCAACACUAUCUGUGCCUAUAUUCAUGCUGGUUUUUUCUUCUUUUUAAAAGCAAAAUAUAUAUUUAUGUUCAUUUCUUUCGGUGUGAAUCAAACUUUUUUUUUUUUCUUAUUGGACCACAAACUUUUUCCCUUGUAUUUUCCCAUAAUUCGUUCCCAGUCACUGUUUAGGGCGUCUCAGGAUAUAACGACUUAAUGGACAGGUUAUAAAUGAUCACAUGUUUAAUAAUAAUAAUUAUAAUAAUAAUAAUGAGAAAAAAAUAGGCUAAUAAUGUAUUUGUGUCAAACACAUCCAUGUUUUUUUAUUAGUUUGGCAAAUCAAAACUUUUUCUUAAAACAGUUUUGAUUUGAACUUUUGUAUUAAAAGAACACAGAGAGCGAAGUCAUACAUUUAUAAUAAUAUGCAGUGUGUGUUUAUUUCAAGAAUGAUAACAAAAAAAUACAUUGUACAUUUUUUUCUUUUUUGUGUAAUUGAAGUGUGAUAUUUUUACACGGUUCUGUUUUUUUUUCAACCAGAAUAAAUUUCGUUUUUCAGAAAAAAAAGAAGAAAAAAAAAGGAAAUGUUUGGAAAUAAAUUUAUUAAAUAAAUCACAGGAGCCUCCUGGGCCUUUACUGCCACCUCAGGGUUCACGCUGUGGAGAUGUGAGCAUGCUGAAAAAUAUCACCAAACACUUCAAAGUUCAAAGUGUGUUGAACUUUCAGCAAACAUCCACCCAGACAGGCUGCAGGUUGGAGGGUGUGUGGUUUUGGAUUAGAGGUGAAAAGUUACCAAAAAAGGGAGCAACUUUACGCAUCUUGUGAUCAGACAGCGUUGAGAUGCUGCCCACUCUCUCGUCGUCAGUGUUGGAACAUGCGCACAUGCGUCCUGCGUGUCCACCUGACCUCUCUCACACUCAUCCUCGUAAUUACGGUGAGCGGGCAGGAGGGUGUCGGCCGGGGUGACACCGGGGGUAUAUCCUGCACUGCUUCAGGUCUCUGAUUACACCG